UUGCCAUGUGCCAUGACCUAUGUACCCCAGGUCCCCAGGUACCUAGGUAGUCAAUUACCUACUGGGGACUAGUUAUUGCAUACGCUAACCUCCAUAACUGUUAGUCUCGGCUUUAAUGCUUAGUAUUCCCCAGAUUCAUACAGUAUCCACCCCAGGGAUCCAUGGAUCUGCGAGGAACCUCGGGAAGUCCACAAAUUGAACGUUGAGCUUCCAAGCACUCUGCUUUGUUCUUCUUGCCAUCUUUUAUAUAUAAUUCAUAACAAAUACCUAUAUAUACCAAUUGCCGUGAAAUAAAAACCGUCGUCAUCAUGGUGGUCAAAUCCUUCCACGCGCCCUUACAGAUUCCGAACAUCGACUUGUGGCAGCACGUGUUCGAGAGAAAGGACAGACCUUUCCCGGAAGACAAGAAGAUCUAUAUCGACCCGGACACCAAGCGGUCGUACACAUGGGCGCAGACGCGAGACACGGCGCUAGAAUUCGGCAAGGGGCUCAAGUCACAAUGGGGGUUCAAGAAGGGAGACACGCUGGGCUUCUUCUCGCCUAAUAACAUCGAUUAUGCGCCCGUCUUCUUCGGUGUGCAAUGGGCCGGUGGUUCCGCCUCGACUGCUAACCCGACGUACACUGCCGAGGAGCUCGCCUUCCAAAUGAAGGAUUCGCGGGUCCGCGGCAUCGUGACCCAAAUGGCGAUGCUGCCCAUAGUCCUGGAGGCGGCCAAGUCCAUUGGCUUGCCCACGGACCGCAUCAUCUUACUCGGCGACGCGCGGGACCCUACGGGUAAGGUGAAGCACUUCACCGAGAUCCACGUGGCUCCGGGGCUGUUGGCACCACUAUCGUCGCGGCGCCCGCGGCUCGACCCCAGCACUGACAUCGCCUUUCUCGUCUACAGCUCCGGGACGACGGGCUUGCCUAAGGGCGUCAUGCUCACGCACCGCAACAUUGUCUCCAACCUCGUACAGAUGGCCCAUGUCGAAAUACUCAACGGCGUGUACCACUCAGGCGGACCUGACGGCAACGGCGACAAACAGUUGGCUGUGCUGCCAUUCUUCCACGUAUACGGCUUAACCUGCAUCGCACUGCAGAGCAUCUACAUGGGGAUUCCAGCAGUCGUGCUACCCAAGUUCGACCUCGACCGGUUCUGCGGGCUUAUCCAGGAGUACCAGAUCACAUACGCGUCGCUCCCACCGCCGAUUAUCCUGGCACUUGCGAAGCACCCGUCGGUGGCCAAAUAUGAUCUGUCCAGCGUCAAGUGGUUGAACUCUGGGGCGGCACCAUUAGGCAGGGAUCUGGUCGAGCAGGUGUGGAAGCGACUGCUGAUCCCCGUCAUGCAGGGAUACGGGCUCUCGGAGACGUCGCCGGUGCUGACCAAGAUGAACAUCGCCGACUGGGCGCGGUAUAACGGGUCAUGCGGGAAGCUAUUACCCAACAUUUCCGCCAAGGUUGUCGACGUCGAUACGGGCCGCGAGCUUGCCCCCGGCGAGGGUGAGGGUGAGCUCUGGUUCAGCGGCCCCAAUGUCUUCCCCGGCUAUCUCAACCGGCCCGAACUGCAGAAUGACACCUUUAGCGAGGAUGGCUUCUUCAAAACCGGAGAUAUCGGGUACGUCGAUACCAAGGGCAACUUCUACAUCACCGAUCGGUUGAAGGAGUUGAUCAAGUAUAAAGGCUUCCAGGUCGCCCCCGCCGAACUCGAGGGCCUGCUCCUCGGCCACGACGAGAUCACAGACGCCUGCGUGGUACCUGCCCACGACGGCGCCCGGGAAACCGAGGUGCCCCGCGCGUACGUGGUGGUGCGCGCCGGCGUCGCGCGGUCCGAGGACAAGGCGGCCGAGAUCGUCGCCUGGAUCGAUGGGAAAGUCGCCCAGCACAAGCGCCUCCGCGGCGGCGUCCGCUUCAUCGAGGAGGUGCCCAAGAACGCUAGCGGGAAGCUGUUGCGUAGGGUUCUGAAGGAUGCGGCGAGGAAGGAGGAUGCGCGGGCCGAGGGGCCUAAGUUAUGAUUUGGAGAUUUCCUCGAAAGCAAAGGGAUGCUUAUCAUAUCAUAUCAUAUCAUAUC